CUCGCAGACGCUAUAUACUCCUGUUUUUAGCGUCAAUUAGUACAUGCAUGUUACAGUCACGAAUAUGACAAAUGGCAUCAUAAUUUGAUUCGAUUCCUUUCAUUUGUGAGAUAAUUUUUCAGCUGUGAAUUGAACUGAGGAGCAAGCCGCAGUCGAGUUCAAGAAGCAGUUAUCGAAGAGACUGUACAUAUAUGCUAAAAUCAGCGACAAAUGUUACAUUGUUAUUUACAUAGGCCUAGUACGCGUAAGCUGAUUCUAUAAGUCGAAGCUAAUUUGACUUUUUUCUCGACCAAUAUUUGCUUUCAAUUCUGAAUUAUGGAGUAAGGAAGGCGACUACAAACAUCAGCGAAAUUACAAAAUAUACACCGACAAUGAUACGAGCUACCGACGAAGAAUUGAACCAGAUGUGAUUGUCAAGAAUAUGUAUUGUCUCUAAGCUGAUUGUAUAUGCCUUCUAACAUUUUAAACUACUGUGCGUCGUAUGUUAAAAUUGAAAGGAGAUUUGCGAGGUUAACACAGUGUCAACAAUUUGACGAAUGCUACAAGCUAGAAGGAUUUCCAAAGGAGCUGUAGACUUUUGGGUAUAACCAAACUCUUUAUUUCGCUUUGUCUCGUUUUGUCCGUCUCAGGCUCAGUCAGUAUUUUGAAUAGAGAACAUAAUGAGUGACAGUUUCAAUCAUUCCAAUGAUCCAGUGUUGAUUCGUUGCAAUGGUUCCUUUUUGACAUUUUAUUUGGAUGCCCCAGCGAAUGGCUUCCACUAUUACUCAAACAUUCUCUACAUUAUUGUAAACCUCAUACUGUCAACAACUGGAAUCUGUUUCAAUGUCUUGGUUUGGAUGGUGUACUGGCGAAACAAAUCCGUACGAACUUCCUCAAACAUGCUUCUCGUUGUUCUGGCGCUUACUGAUUUCAUGACGAACACUGUCGUACAACCGUUUGGUAUUGCAAGAAUGGUGAACGAGAUUCGUGGUGCACACAGUUGCUUUGUUUUGAUUGCGGCCAGACUGUCGUCGUAUAUUUGCUGUGGGUUAUCCCUUUUGACUGUUGCAAUCAUAUGCAUCGAGCGCUUCAUAACACUGGCCUAUCCUUACCGUUACCAAAAUAUCUUACCACCGUGGAGACUGAAAUUAAUCGUCGCUGUAACCUGGAUUUCGGUGCUAAUAUUUGUGCCGUUACACCUUGGUCCGGUCUCGUACACCGUUCUUUCAUCAGUUGGAAAUACGCUGAUAGUUUUGUCCAUUUUGACAGUAUGUCUUACUUGGCUUUGGGUGAACCGACUCGUGAAACGCCAUAAUAUUGCCAUAGCCUCCACACAAACUCCUGGAAGCGAAAAGCAGAACCAUUCAAAGCGCCAAGAAGCAAGCUUUCGCGCAACGAGGACAAGCUACCUCAUCUGUGGAGCGGUAUUGGUGUUCUAUUUCCCAACUCUCGUAAUGCUUGCAUACAACGCAACACAGGACUACAAUUUUGUAGCAUUGUUCCUUGUAGCUCCUUGGGUAGAGACGGUGAUGUUCUCGAACUCUUUGCUCAAUCCAAGUCUUCUAUUUUGGCGGAAAAGUUCUUUUAGGACAACAGUUAAUGAAAUUUUGACGAGACCACCGUUGCACUUGGGAAAAGUUUAGUUUAAUUGUCAUCAACAAAUUGGUUCCCUGAGGAGAGAGGCAGGGAUUUUGGAGCAAGGGGAAAAUAUCGAGACUCCUUACGCUACGUGCGUUUUCAGUAUAGCAUGCCUUAAAUAUUACAUAUGAAUUUUAUUUCUCAAACUUUUUGUUUUGAAUGUCUGCCGCUUUUAGACAGCUAGGACACAUGUGCAUUUGAAAUCAAUAUGCACUUUUACGUAUAUGCUUUACCCUUAAAACGUUAUUGUCACCUAAAUUUCUCUAUUUUACUUAGCUAUAUAUACACAUAAAAAAUUGGAUUAGUUUGGCGACCCACAUCUAUACGUAUAAUGUAUAUAUAGAUCCUUUUGUAAAAUUAGGGAGUAAGAUAUAGUAGCUACGACUACAAAUUCAAUAUUGCGACAUAUACAGUUAUAUAUUAUAUCAUUUCAACAGUCCUUUUGUGCCCUUUGAAGUUUUCCUAAAGUUUAUAGCGAAAAUUUCAAAGGCUCAUACAGAAUAUUAACAAUGAAAGUUUAGUAUACGAUUUGCUCAUCGGUUCUGCCCAUAACAACGUGAGGGCCCUUAAUGUUAAAAUCGCCCAAAUUUCUCAUGUUUCCAAUUUCUUAUGAGCAAGAACUCCAGUUCAUAUAUUCAUUUAUAGAAGCGUAGCGAACCUAAAUAGCGUUAGAUAUUCAGACAGCACAUCGAAUUUUAUAAAGUAGCCAUACAGGUUCAAAAUGAUAGAAUAAAGAACCAAUAAAGAUAAAAUGAUACAAUAAAGAAACCGUUCUU